AACUUUAUUAAUGGAGUAAUUUUUAGCUUUCAGAAGGAGUUCUCACUCGAAGAUAAAGAACAGCUCGCUAACCACAAAAGAGGAAUUGAUGCUAAGCUUUUAGUUGCACUUCCUAAAGUUGCAGAAUUAAGACAAAUCUUUGAACCAAAGAAAAAGGAAUUCUUAGAAAUGAAAAGAAAAGAAAGAAUUGCCAGGCGCCUGGAAGGGAUUGAAAAUGACACCCAGCCCAUCCUCUUGCAGAGCUGCACAGGGUUGGUGACUCACCGCCUGCUGGAGGAAGACACCCCUCGAUACAUGCGAGCCAGCGACCCUGCCAGCCCCCACAUCGGCCGAUCAAAUGAAGAGGAGGAAACUUCUGAUUCUCCUCUAGAAAAGCAAACUCGAUCCAAAUACUGCACAGAAACCUCUGGCGUCCACGGUGACUCACCCUAUGGUUCGGGUACCAUGGACACCCACAGUCUGGAGUCCAAAGCCGAAAGAAUUGCAAGGUACAAAGCAGAAAGAAGGCGACAGCUAGCAGAGAAAUACGGGCUGACCCUGGAUCCCGAGGCGGACUCUGAGUAUUUAUCCCGCUAUACCAAGUCCAGAAAGGAGCCUGAUGCUGUCGAAAAACGAGGAGGAAAAAGUGACAAACAGGAAGAGUCAAGCAGAGAUGCGAGUUCUCCGUACCCCAGGACCGAGACGAUGGGGCUCAGGACCUGUGCAGGUGAAUCCAAGGACUAUGCCCUCCAUGGGGGUGACGGCGCUUCCGACCCGGAGGUGCUGCUGAACGUAGAAAACCAAAGACGAGGUCAAGAGCUGAGUGCCACCCAGCAGGCCCAUGACCUGUCCCCAGCAGCAGAGAGUUCCUCGACCUUCUCUUUGUCUGGGCGAGACUCCUCCUUCACUGAAGUGCCACAGUCCCCAAAGCACAUGCACAGCUCCUCCCUGCAGCAGGCGGCCUCCCGGAGCCCCUCCUUCGGUGACCCACAGCUAUCCCCUGAGGCCCGACCCAGGUAUCAUGGGGACAGUUUCAUGGACUCCUCACUUCAGGACGCUCUUGCUGGAUGUCUCACCUCCCUUUCAUAGUUCGUCUUUCAUGGCUUUUCUGUAAUCAUAUCAGAGACUGAUGAUUGUUGGUGAUUGCUUCUGUUGCUGUGGUUAGAAUCACAGAGCAGAGGAAGCACCACUAACCAGUGGAAGCAUCUCAGCGCAGGGCACAGAAGUAUCACUGCAGUAUACACGGAACAGAACUAGACUGCCUAGUUCUGUAAGUAUAUCACAUACUAGGACACAGAUAUGUGUGAGAACCGUGCAUUAUAAAGAUCAACCAUUAGAAAAACCACUGUGUAAAAGGAUCCACUCAAGAUAAGAGCAGCUCCCAUUUGGAGAAAUUGAAAAAGGUAUGAAAUCAGAAAGUCAAAUGACAGAAGAGAAUAUAUGUUUCCUUCCAAAUUUAAAUUUUAAAACUGUGAUGACCAUAUUAAAAAUGCGAUUUACUUAACUGUCCUGCUUAAAGGUUUGGGAUAAUUGUCUAGGUGGAUCUUAACUGUAUUUUUCAGUUCAAACAAGCAAUAACUUCCCAGGCGAAUUGAGAAGGGAUGAGAACCUAAGGUCAGGGAGAUUCAUUCUGAAAGAAAAAGACUCAUAUGUGAGAAACACCCUUAUUUGUUUCCCACUGGGACAGAGGGGUGCACACCUGAUCAUCUCUAAGUGGCAGGAACAAAUGUGAAGCAGACCUUUGUGGUACUGAAAUGUAUUAACCCAAAGACCUGUCAUUGCAUUCUGAAGCAUCCAGACUGAAAUAUUUAGAGAGAUCAGCUUCCAACAGAAUUAAAUACUAUAGAUCCCAAGGAUCCAUUCUGAGCACGCUUGUUCAGCCUUUUGCUUUAACUACUGGAAAUGUGGGGACUGUGAGUUACUGUCUCAUAUUUUGAAAAGAAGGAUUUUGUUUGAGAAUUUGCAUUUCAUCAUAGAAACCAUGUUCUUGGUUUAGUUACUCUCUACCAAAGGAAGUUCUUCCUGUGUUUUGCAAGUAGGACAAAGAACCUAACAGACUCCAAUUUAAAAAGAAUAUUAGAGAUAUAUAAUUACACUGGUUUAAAAGAAAUGAGGAAUCUAAUUUCAGAUUGCCACAUGAUGACAGCUGUUGAAGUCGUUAUCACGGUAUGUGAGUUAGUCACCUAGAUCAGGUAUGACAGAUUCUCAGUAAGAUUUUAAAUCAGUUGUAAUAGUAAUUAAGACUUUGUUGAGCAUCCCAGGUAAAAGGACAGGAUACUUCAUAUUUCGUAUGAGUUAAAAUCUUAAUAUUAAAAAAUGUAUAUAACUUGUCUUAAGACCUAGAAAAAAGCAUUGUCGACGUAUUUAGGCCUGUAGCAAAAUAAAGCGACUUCUUUAUAGGUUAUUUUGAAGAUGCAUAUUACCUAGAAGUUUUCAUAAGCCAAGCCUUAGCUUCACAGCACUUUACUUUCAUGAAAAAAACUUAAAAGAAUUAAGAAAUUGUAAGGGCUUCUAGAAGAGGCGCAUACCUUCUUUUCUAAGCCAUUUAAGGCAUACAAUUCUAUGAUUCAUAGGCAAAGAAACCCAAAUUAGUUUAUGUAUUUAUUAGGAAAAUACCUGGGACGUAUUUACAUAAAGAAGGAUGGAAAAUGUGUGACAAAUCUGACGUUUAAAACAAUUAAGAUUUACAUUGUAAUGACAGCAGUGAUUCAGCUUGUAAAAAUGAAUUUACAAAGGAUUAAAAUUCUGCUUAGAUAGUCUUUAUCUAGAACCAGGAAAUUCAAGUUUCACAAAGUCAUUUUCUGAUUCCUGUUUAGGGGGAAGUAAGAUGAACCAAAAAAAAAAAAAAAAAAAAAAAAAAAAUACGCUGUAACCCAGAACAGUAACAAAAGAAACCUCCUUGGUGACCUAAAUAACUGUAUGUGAAAAUAAUAAUGUCAUCUGAUAUGGAAACAUGUAACUGAAAACUUUAAAAUUAACAAGUGAAGAGAAAAAGUAUCCAUAAAUAAUGUUUAAUGCUGUGGGUUUUUGUGGAUUUUUUCUGUCACUAAAAUGGAGUCUUUUUCUCACUGCUGCACUCUGCCAUCAUCUAGCUCUGCCAAACUUUUUGGCUGUUAAAUCUCUGAAUCAACUC